UUGCAUUUUGUUUUCCUUCCACCUCGAUAGAAUCUUUUGAGAAAUAUUUCUGAGUGUUAAUUGUUGAAACUUAUUAAACUAAGUUUUAUUUCGGAAUUCUAUUACCAAACAGAUCAUGCCCCAAGAAAUUAAAGAAAUCAAGGAUUUCCUUCUGAAAGCCAGAAGGAAGGAUGCUAAAUCUGUCAAGAUUAAGAAAAACAUUGAAAAUGUCAAAUUCAAGGUACGCUGUUCUCGAUUCCUUUAUACCUUAGUAAUCACAGAUAAGGAAAAGGCAGAGAAACUUAAACAAUCGUUACCACCUGGUCUUCAAGUAAAGGAGAUCAAAUGUAAAAAAAUGAACGCUGAUGAUAAGGAGAAAAAAUAAUAGGGUUACUGUGAAUUGACGUUUAUAUAAAAUAUAAUUAAUUUUAUUAC